AUGGGUAUCCCAACCGGCGUUGACAUCGAUAAGCUCAUCGAUUGUGUCUGGGCCGCCGAGCGUAUCAUCGGCCGUGAGCUCUACGGGCACGUCUCCAAGGCUGGGCCGCGGCCUCGCGCCAGCGCCGGCAAUCUCUACGACAUCAACAUGCCCUUCGUGGAAACCCUGGAACAGGCCACCCACUUCAAGAAGGGCGAGCAGAUGUACGAAGGUGGUCUCUACCCGUACCGCGAACCCGUCACCAGUCCCUACCGCGAACGCAUCGACCAGGGCCUGCCCGCGUUCGGCAAUGGCCGCGACGAGUUCCCCUGGAACGAGGAUUGGCUUCCCAAAGCCAGCAGCUAG